GUUGAAAUUACAGUCGUAGGACCUUUGACUUAUAAUGAAACUAAAGUUUAUCUUUUUCGAUUGGUUGAUGUAUUUUCAAAAUGGAUGUGCUUUCACAAAUUAAAUAGUUUAGAUCCCAAAGAAAUUAGCAAAAUACUACUGAAAGAGUUCUCAGUUUUGGGGUUUCCUGUUGGUAUACGUUUAGUGGAUGGUGAAGUGGAUUUGCAUCAAAAUGAAAUUGAUCACAGUCCAAAGGUUAACAGUGAAUGUUCAAAUUUACCUAAUUCUGAAGAAUUAACAAACUGUCCAGUAGAAGUAAAUGGUGAUGGUAAUAAUAAUAGUAACAGUAGUAUUGGUGACAAUAAUGAAACUGGUGACACCAACAACAAUGACAAUGGUGAUAAUGACAACAAUAGCAGCAGCAGCAACAACAACAACAAUAGUAGCAACACCAAUGAAGCAGAUAUUACACCUGUUGAAAAAACUGAAGAACAAAGUGACUUCAAACCUGAUGAAAUCAAAACUACAGAAAUAGAAGUAGAAGAAGCUAAUAAAGAAUCUGUAUCAGAUUUAACUAAUUCAAUUCCAAAUGGAUCAGAUUCAGUACUUCAAGAGAAUACUUUAAAUUCUACAUUAGAAAAUGAAAUAUUGCUUCAGAGAAUUAAUGAGAGUGAUGACUUUCUUAUUAACAAAAUAAAUGAUUUUGAGAUAUUUCUUGAUAACCAAAAUGAAGAUACUAAACCAUUCAUUUAUAUUUUUAUUGGAGAGAAAAGUAUUGUUGAUAGUGAAACUGAAAAUCUGUACAAAGACAAACUAGAGAAAUUUAUUAAUCAUUUUCCAGAUUUAUGGGUAGAAUAUUUACCCAAUUUCAUUCUAAAUGUUCAAAGUUCUGCAUCAAGUUCAUUUCAAACACCAAGUCAAGUGAUGUUUCAUCGAGAACCUAAUUUAAUAGGACUUUUUGAAAGUUCAUAUUUGAAUCAUUCAAUUCAGUUUCUUGGCAACAGUGUUGAAAAUCAGCCUCCUGUAAAAAAUGAUGUUGCAAAUGGAUCUUGCAAGUACAAGUCAUGGGUGACUCAUAACGUCCAGCAGCUGCCUAAACAUUUAUCUACUGACGCCAUGAACAUGUUAAUGUAUACCUUUAUUGGAAUCAAAGAAGACUGUCUUCAUCAACGAUUUACUGAAGCCUCGGGAUUUUUGUUGCACAAAGCCUUCAAGAAAUUAAGUCCCAUGCUAUAG